CAGCUGUGGCAAGGAGAUGGUCGUGCUUCGGGUCGACGUCUGACUUUGUGUAGCUAAACGCCCACACACCCGCUCGGACGCCCACACACCCACAGAAACUCUUCAUACGCGUCUUGUACCAUGGGUUGGCCUCCUCCUCCAGGGCUCUUGGUCAUCACAGUGACGCUGCUGGGGUGGUGUACAGUGGAGGUAGUAGGUGUAGGGUGUGGGGUGCCUGAGGGUGACCAUGAGCGUGUUACCACCGGACUCGGCGUCACCCUCUACACCUGCAAUAAACCGGAUAUAGAGACUUGGACUACGGGUGACCGAGUCCUCACCAGCAUGUGUCAGGAAACUAUGAUGGCCUCUUGUGUUGAACAUGAGAUGCAGGCUCCUUGUGAAGGACCUCCGCCACCGCCUCCAGCCUAUUCAGUGGUGGUGGAGGACUUGGGAUACUCCACGUUUUACGGGUGUGAGGCAGGGAAGAAGUGGCUGUCAGGCUACCCAGGUCAGCUGUCUCAAUGUAUCAACGGACAAUGGACCUCCAUCAUAGACCAGUGUGAGGAAGAGUGUGAAAUACCCAGGGACUGCUCAGAGGCGACUCAGUACGGCUUCACCACCUCCGGCCUCUACUCGGUGUUGGCCUCAGGUGACCGCAAUGACUCAUCUGUGCAAGUAUAUUGCCUCCUGGCCAACAGUACUGGUGACUCAGGGUGGACGCUUGUACUCAAUGUCACCGCCAAUCCUCUCGCACCCACACCUCUAUAUAACUACCAGCUGAGCAUCAAAGACCCUCAACAACCAAAUUACUUCAUAGGAUGGAACAACCUGUUAGCUCUACACCAAACCAACCGUACACAGGUAUACAUGUUCUUGUUGACAAUGGCGACUGGUGAGAAGCGCUGGGCCGUGUAUGAUGAUGUUAUGGUUUCAGCGAACCUUACUCUCGUCUCUACUGGGUUAUACCACGGCGAUGCUGGCGACAUUCUCACCACCAGCGUCUCGUCAAGUGUGGGGCCAAAUUCCCUGUGGUGGCAGUGUGUGGUGGAGCCAUGUGCCACUUUUGAUAUGAGUAAAAUCACCUGGACUCCCUUGAUUGGAGAAACCGUAAAGAAAGUUCAGCUUUACGUCCGUCCCCGAAACUACGAUAUUGGUGUGUCGUGUAGGACUGAGAUCGGCUUAGACCCCCUAGAGAUGUCUACCUUUACCUACAAUAUGACGAUGAGUCGAGGUGUGGGGACGACCUUCUCCUACAUGUGUCAGGGGGACCUGAGGGAGGGUGUCGUGGGAGGAGGGUCGAGGACAGUGAGUGGUACGUCACAGUGUCUCGACACUUUGGUCUGGGAUUUCCUGCCUCAAUUACCGUGUACAGCUUAUGUGGAGUGUACUGUAGGUUACUUCAAGACCUCUGCUGGAACCUGUCUAAAAUUCUCCUCCCAAGACCUUAGUUUUGGGAUGGUCACCGCUUCUCUCGUAUGUAGCCAAGAAGGAGACUCACUUGCUCGUAUCUACAACGAGACCGACCUCUCCACAGCUGUCCUUGGCAACUUCUACUACACCGCCCAUAUCUUCAAUGGGACGACUGUUUCUCCCGCGCCUCCACCAAUAGCAUGCGCCGCAGGGGAGACUUGUAUCGUAGACGCAACCCUGCCCUGCCUAGCUAUGGGUCUGGACGCUCAGGGCCUUGCCGUGGCUAGGGCCCAGGACUGCUUACGGGAUGACACCUACGCCCUGUGUAUGAAUCCAGGAUACUGCCCGGAGACAUACACACUAAAAUUAAGGGGUUUCACAUGA